AUGGUAGAUACACUGAUAGAUACUGAGCAUUUGGAUACCAAAAUAUCUCCGGAAAAAGACACUGAUCCUUCAGAGACGAGCGAAAAAGUAGGAUUAAACCAUAAACUCAAUUCAACUGGAAUUGUGUACAGAGACUACAUUUCUGAUUCAAGCGAGAUAAAUUCCGACUCUUCUUCCUUAUUUAAUGAUCCAUCUUUACGCCAAUCCACUGGUGAUUUGACAUUGAUCAGUAAAGCCGUUUCCAUAGACACACAUUCAAAUUCAGCCACGCCUGGAUCAUCCAUUAUCGUGCCCGCAGAAAGAAACCCAGUCUCUGAUUUACUCAGGUCACCUUCUUCGACCAAGAAACAUAAGCAUAGACAUAGCAUACCAGACAUGUCUACGUUAGAGUACUAUAGCCAUCGCACUUCAUUGGAUGAUCUCACAACGACAUGUGAAGAGAAACUGGUCAUUCAACCCAGUCAAGAAAUAAUCCCCGAAGAAGAAAAGGAGCCUCGGCAUUUACCCGCACCUGAAAUCAAUCCAAAAGCUCGAUUUAUUACCAUGGAAGAGGCAUUAUCUAUCGAAGAAGACAGUGUGGAUACACCCUUAGAAAAGCAAAUGAAUGAAAUCAAAUCAUUAGAACAAAGAAGAUCCAUUAAACGAUUAAAUGCCAUUAAAGAAUUGAUGGAGACAGAAGAAACCUAUAGUCGUGAUCUCGGUAUUCUUUGUACACAUUUCUUUGCUAUUAUUCAACAAGCCACAUGCAUUACACCUGAAGAAAUAGAUAUUCUUGUACGCAAUGCCAUGGAUAUCUAUGUAUUUCAAGAAAAGUUUACAGAAGCAUUGAUGGAUGCCCAUGGAGAACAAGAGGCAGAAAAGAAUGGCAUUUUCUACAAGGGCAAUUUAAAACAAAUAGCCACUUGCUUUGUUGAAUGGGCACCUAAAUUUGAUAUUUACCUCGACUACUGUGUACGACAAGAUCAUGCAGCUUCUGUCUACAAUGAACUACUCCAGACCAACCUUGAAUUCUCAAAUCUGAUUGAGCGCCUUCACACCUUUCACCGUGUAUCGUUUGGGUUCAGUCGACUUAAAUUUGAUGAUUAUAUGAUCACUCCAUUUCAGAGAAUCUUUCGCUACCGUCUCUUGUUACAGAGUAUCACAAAAGCAACACAAAAAGAUACUGAGGAAUACGAGAUUUUGUCUAAAGCACAGAAUAUCGUUCAUGCCAUUGCCACCAAAAUUAAUAACGAAAAGUCUAAAAUGGAAGCCAAGCGAAAGACAGCCUUGUUCUUGUCCCGUCUGGAUUCUGACUGGUGUCUUCCAAAACGAUGGUUCAGUACCUUGGGUGUCUGUACUUUAAUAGGUACUCUGGAAGUACGAUCUAUGAUAGACAACAAACCAAAGCGUAUUGGUUGUGCUCUCUUUGACCAUUAUAUGAUUAUGGCAAAAGCAAAAAAACACAAGCAAUAUGAACCUCGUUAUUGGUUUCCUUUACGUAAAUUUGAUAUUGAAGAUAUACCUCAUCUUGAAGGUUCAAUGGCUUAUUCGUGGCUAUUGCACAGUGAUGACAGUACACUUGAAUUAAGUGCCCUAUGUGAACUCGAGAAGACUAUCUGGAUGGACGCUCUCUCAAGCGCCAUUCAAGAAUCAAAGCGGCUUUAUGCCAACAGUGUCGAUUCCAAUGAAUACCUAUUAGAGCAAUUGUUUGUCUCUAGCUUUGACCAACAAAAGCAGAAACCCAUGGAUCCUAUUGAGUUUCCUAUGCCAAAUGGAUCCACCAGUUUCUCUCAGUCUGCUAUAUUUAACAAACAAUCGUCUCGUUCAAGCCACCGCUCUUCUCACCCUGUCUUUUCAACGCAAGAGUUCUCCAUGAUCGACUUAUCGCAUCCUAUCGACCAUGUCACUCGCUCACCAGGCCUUCGAUCUCAAUCCAGCAUAGGCGACCUGCGCGACUUCUUCUCCAACAGUGUUUCUGAGAAAUGGACACAACGCAAAUUCAACCAAUACCAUACACGCUGUAAAUCAGUCGAUACCAAAUUUGACGAUGUCUGUACCACACCCAUCCUGACAGCCAGAGCCAACAGUAUGCAUCGACAUGGAUCGAACUAUGUUAAAAAGCGAAAAAUGAUACCCAGCACAACACCCAAUUCAACCAUCUCAUUAAUCAAGACAGCUUUACCUCAAGACAUGAUGUCGCCUGUCUUUCAUUCCCCUUCCACAAGUUUUAGUGAGAGUUGUCCAAGUGCUUGUAGUAGCAGAAGACCUUCGAUUGGCAACAAUACAGAGUCUAUGAUGCUUCGAUUGGCUCAACGGCAUCCUUCCAUUCAUCGUUCGAGUUCUAUCAAGUCAGCUACGGGUCCGCCUUCUGUGGAUAUGUCCACCAAUUCGAUGGUAGCAGCAGGCCUGUUGCCUUCUUCAAAAUCGACUCAUUUCUUUGGAAGAAUGGUAGAAAAACUAGGACAAAUUGGUACACCAGGUAAAUUAAGACGAAACCAAAUGAUGGUCAUUCAAGAAAAGACACCAUCAACACCUAGCAAGAAAAAAGUAAGUGCUUAUAUGGUUGUGAAUCUUGAUGUUGAUAUUUUUAUUAGUUUUUAA